AUUCUCCGCCUACAAAUGCAGCCCGGGCCGGAAGCUGCGUUUCGAGUCUUCGAGCUCGUUCCUGUCGCUGCUGCGGAGGAAGGCGGAGUUGGGACGGCGAUGGCAGAAGAAGGGGUUGUGUUCUCUUGCCACACCGUGGAGGAAUGGACCCGGCAACUCGAGCUAGCUAAUGAGUCUAAGAAGCUGGUGGUCAUUGAUUUCACAGCCUCAUGGUGUGGGCCUUGCCGAAUGAUUGCUCCAAUCUUUGCAGAUCUUGCCAUGAAGUUCCCUAAUGUGAUUUUUCUCAAGGUCGACAUUGAUGAACUAAAGACGGUUGGCCAAGAUUGGGCCAUCAAUGCAAUGCCGACCUUUGUCUUUCUCAAGGAGGGAACCAUUGUGGACAAGAUUGUUGGUGCUAUGAAGGAAGAAUUGUCAAGGAGAAUUGAGCUGCACCUGCCCAGCUGAGUAGUCAAAUGAGUUAAAAGUUCUUGGUAAACUUGGAUGACUAGCUUGGCAUGAAAGGGAUGAUCAAAACUGGAAAUGAGCAAGCAUCAUUCAAGUGCAACACGCAGAAAAUCUACAAGAAAGAUGACCAUAUUCAAAAUAGAGGUGAAAAAUCUGGGAAGAUAAAGAAGAGCAAGUAGAAAGAGGGGGAAAAGAGGGCAAGGAAAUUUCCACGCGAUUGCGUCCAACCCUGGACGGUUACGAGUACAAGACAAAUGGAUGUGCAGUAAAUGCCGGAUUCCAGGAAAGAAGGGAGGCAAUGGGCGAGACAUACCAUGAC